UCAUACUAUACGUGAAUCAAGUCUGUUUCUAUAUCCUCCGUCUUAUCGUUACAAAUAAUGAAUACUCGAAGCUACUUUUGAAACUUGUAAAACGAAAUGUUGCGACGCACAAAUCUGGCCCUUAUAAGCGGCCUCCUUUGCUUAUUUAUCUUCAUUGUUUCUGCCCAAGAUUGUGACAAAAGUAAGUGCAAAGGUCCCAUAAGAUAUUAUGAGGAGCUUGGAUGCAAGCCAAAUAUCAUGGAUGGUGACUGUUGCGCAGUCAGUUACGACUGUACGCAUCUGGGGAGAAGGUCAAAAAAUAAAUGCCACGUAAAUGGUCGUGAAUAUGAUAUCGGAAAAUCACUGCUUGAUAAAGAUCGCUCAGGGCCUUGUGACGAGAAUUGUGCUUGCGUAAAAGGACCGAAAGGCAUUGCCAUGUUUUCGUGCACUCAGGUUGAUUGUCCACGUAUUUUCGUGAAUAAAGGUUGUUUCUAUAGACAUCAAUUGGACUCUUGCUGUGAAGGAAAAGUGGUUUGUCCCAAGGACAAUGGAGAGAUAGAAAUGUGUGAAUUUAAUGGAACCUCAUACAAAUACGGAGAAGUAUUUUAUCCCAAUGAUCGACACGUGUGCAUGUGUUCUAAAACUUUUACUGUUCAAGAACUGGAGAUAAUUUGCAGAACAGUACAUUGUGGAAUUGAAUUAAGACGAUCGUUCGAACUUCAUGAAAAUUGUCCACCUGUUUUCCUUGCACAUCAGUUGCCGUCUCAAACCUGUAGCUAUGAAUACAAAUGUCAGGAGGACUACGACAAAGUGAAAAGCUCUCCAAUAACUCGUAGAAAAAAUUCCAGGGGAGUAUCAGUUGGAAUAAAGUGCAAAUUUGGAAAUAUGAUGAUGAACAUCGGUGAAGAAUUGAGUCAAGAACACGAUCCAACCGUCAGGUGUGUGUGCGAAGUGCCUCCGAUGCUUACAUGCACAAAAAUUUCGUAAUCCACAUUCGGUGAGCCACGAGGGAUCCUGUGACAUUUUUUUACAAACUUUGUAAAAAUAAAUUCAAACAUUUGAGUAUCCUUUCAGAAAAGUUG